AAAGCGGCGUCCUUUUUAACUUCCGGGUCACGCUGAGCUGAAUUUUGAAUCGGAUUUACUUGCUGGUUAAAUGUCUACAUUUUAGACAAGUUAGACAUGACGAACGCAAUUAUUUUCAUUAUCGUAAACAUGCUUUAAAUAUCAGAUAUAAAGAUGAGUGGUGGUUUAGCGCCCAGCAAAAGCACUGUUUAUGUGUCGAACAUCCCAUUUUCCUUGACAAACAACGAUUUGCACAAGCUAUGCUCGAAAUAUGGCAAGGUUGUCAAGGUGACUGUCGUCAAAGAUAAGCAGACACGGAUGAGUAAAGGUGUGGCGUUUGUGCUGUUCCUAGACAGAGAGACUGCUCAUAAUUGUGCCCGCUCGCUAAACAACAAACAGUUGUUUGGGAGAACGGUGAAGGCCAGCAUCGCCAUUGACAAUGGGAGAGCUACAGAAUUCAUCAGAAAGAGAAAUUACACAGACAAAUCCAAGUGUUAUGAAUGCGGGGAAGAAGGGCACUUGAGUUACGCCUGUCCUAAAAAUUUACUUGGAGAGAGAGAACCUCCACCUAAAAAAGAAAAGAAAAAGAAGAAAAAGGUUCAGCAGCCUGAGGAGGUAGAACCAGAGGACAGUGAGGAAGAAGGAGAGGAUCCAGCACUGGACAGUUUAAGUCAGGCAAUUGCUUUCCAGCAAGCACACAUUGAGGAGGAGGAGAAGAGAAAGAAGCAGGUCACAGAGGAUGCAUCUCAAGCAUCUACAUCAGACGACACCCACAAGCCAAGGAUCAAAAAGAGCACCUACUUCAGUGAUGAGGAGGAGCUCAGUGACUGAUUCAUACUUUUAUGUGCUCAGAACAGACUUUCUCUUUUCAACUGCUUUUAGGUCACAAAUCAAUCAAAAUUUCUUAUGUUGUCAUGAAAGGCAGAGAAGUCAUCUGCUUAUCUUGAUCUGAGAUGUUGGUUGUGAUGUUAUGCUCCUCAUUCAGAUAAUCACACCUCUAAAUAUUUGGUAUAUAGUAUUGUGAUUGUUUUUUUUUUAAUCUUGUAAAUAUAGUUUAGUUUUGUGUGUUUCACAUAUACAUGAUUAUUUUUGUUCCAGGUAGCAUGCAAAAUAAACCAGUUUAAAAUAAC